AUGUUAUCAACAACAUCUUGUGUUAUAUGUGAAAAUAAAGAUAUUAAUGGUACAUUUAGAUGUGAAGGAUGUUCACAAACAUUUUGUAUAAAACAUUCCAAUGAUCAUCAACAAUAUCUUUGUCAUCAAUUAAAUGAAAUAAUUCAUGAACAUGAACAUAUUUUUAAAACAUUCGGCGAAAAUCAACAAUCAUCAUUAUUAUACGAUCAAAUUGAUCAAUGGGAAAAAGAUUCAAUUAUAAAAAUACAAAAAACAGCACAAAAUGCACGAAUACAAAUUGAACAAUUUGCUGAAUUACAAAAAGAACAUUCAAAAGAAAAAUUUAAUCAAAUAACUAAACAAUUAGAAAAUGCUCGUCAAAAUAAUGAAUAUUUUGAAAAAGAUCUUUAUCGAUGGAAAAUUAUUUUAGAACAAUUUAAAUAUGAUUUAACUAUUCUAUCACCAUCAAUUAUUUUUUAUGAAGAUCAUAAUCAAACAUUAAUUAAUAAUAUAUUUAUUUUAAAAAUGGAUCAACAAUCAACUUUAGAUGAAACACUUAUUAGUUUUUCUGAUGAAAUUCAUUUUGAUGAUAAUCAUCAUAUUGCUAUGCAUUGUGGUCCUUAUAGAAAUCCUGCUUAUAUCAGUGGUAAACAAGAAUAUUCAUCAGGUCGAUAUCAAAUACGAUUAUUUAUUAGUAAAAGAACAAAUGAAUUUAUUCUUUCAUUUAAUAUUAUAUCAAAAUUAAUGCAAUUAUCAUCAAAUUUAUUUGAUUCACAAUAUUUAACAUAUGGUUGGCAAAGUGAUGAUUGUAUUCAUCCUUCUCAAUAUUGUUUAUCAAAUGAAAAAAUUUGUCUAGAUUUAAAAGGUAAAACAAAAUUUCAUAUUACAUUUUUAAUUGAUUGUAAUAAACACAAAAUUAGUUAUUUCAAUGAAAAAACAAAACAAAUAAGAGAAAUCAAUGUUGAUAUAGAAAAAUGUCCAUUACCAUGGAAACUUUUUUUUUAUUUAUAUGAUAUUGGAGAUUCUGUUCGACUUCUUUCUUCAUCUCAAAUAUCAUAA